AUGGGACAGGUUGCCAGGCUAGGCUACAGUCAAGUGCUUGAGGACAGAGUGGCCUGUUGGGUGCUCUGGUGUGGUCGUGAGCUCGAGCUUCCCAGUUUCGAGGGCGAAGCGGCCGGCCUUUAUCUAGAGGACACGUUUGUUCGGGGGCAGGCCCAGGACGGCGGCCUCAGGCAUCGACUCGUCUGCUCGGGGCCAGGGGUCGUGCAGGGAGGAUGGGCUUGUGGGCUUGGAUGGCAGAGGAGCGUCGAGUUGCGCAAUGAGGAAUGCCAGGCCUGCCAGGGCAAGUCAGGGGGCGCCGCGCCGCCCUGA